AUGGCAGAGGAGUCAGCUUACGGAUUUCCGGGACUUGAGGAAUCUAAGAAGAUUCUACAGGGUUUGGGCGGCGACACCAUCCUUCGAGCCGACUCGAAGAAUGAAUACGGUCGUACGCCGCUCUCGUGGGCGGCAGAGCAAGGGCACGAGGCGGUAGUAAAGCUACUAGUCGAGCGGGACGACGUUAAAGCCAACUUAGAGGACAAAACCGGGUUUACGCCGCUCUUAUAG